AUGGCACUUGAUAUGGUAGAAGCAUAUCUGCGAGUCAGAGGGAUGGUGCUAUCCUUGGAUGAGCAUACGUGGAUCCCUGUCAUCCUAGGAGAAGCCUUCCUGCAAAUAAGAAACCUGGCAUCCAUAUGGCACCAUCCUCUGAAGGAGCAUACAUGGUGGCUUAUCCAUCCUAGGAUCAUGCAUGUGAGCAGUGAUCCAGGGACCAAUCAGUGUGAGCAUGAUAACAUGAGAAGUGUUCCUGCGAGUAAGAAGGGUAGCAUCCGUAUGGCACUAUGUUCUACGAUGUAUGGCAGCAAAGCCCAUGACAGAGUCCCAGUGAUGUGGUCCAUGGUGCAAGUAUUCGAUAGAGGAGAUACAGAAUGCUCGGAUGCGUCUGAAGCUGGACCCAGGGAAUCCAGGAAGAAAGUUGAGUUCUUGGUCCAUGGGGUAUCAGAUCCACCUUCUGAAUUGAAGGGCUUUCCUCUAGUAGACUUAUUGAAUCGAUUUGUGGAUUUCUCCAUUCCACCACCAUUCUUUUGCAAGGAUUUUGAAGGGUCUGGCUCGCUUUUGGCCCGUUUUUGGCUGGUUGUGGUAAACUUGAGUUGGUGUCUAACCCUGUCACCUUAG